UUUUUUUUUUCUUUUUUUUUUAUCAAUCAUGCUUCGAUCAGCUUUGGGUCGUCAUUUACCAAAGCCAUCCUUUUUAUGUUUUCAAUCUCUUCGUCAUGAAACACCUAUCUCGAUCCAAAGAUCAAGCAUAAAAACAAUAGUUUAUCAACAGUAUUGUUUAUUCAACAACAGUGCCAUUCAGCUGUACGAACGUAGCAAGAAUAGGGAUAUGAACAACGAUGAUCGUCCAUCAGAAAAGAAGAAAACAUAUGGAAACCGUCGUUUUGUCAAUUUGAAAGAUGCUGAACGUCGUGCUAACCGUCAUUUAUAUACACUACCAAGAGAUGUCUAUGGUACUUCUGAUCGGGUGGCUCAAUUGUUAAAAUUGACUGGCAUUGAUGAAGCUAUUGAAUUCGUACAACAUUUACCUUUGGAUCUACAAUCAACUGUGGUUUGGAAUCAACUUCUUGGCUAUUGUGCUGAGCAUGGAAGAGCAAAUCUUGCUGAAAAAUUGUUUACUCAGAUGCGGAAACGAGGAAUGUAUCCUAGCGAUUGGACCUUUGGACAUUUAUUGACAGCUUUUGCUAAUAGUACAUCUCGUGCAUCAGUAGAAAGAGCAGAAGGAUGGAUACAACGAAUGGAACAAUAUCAAGUGACACCUACAACUUUACAUUACAACAUGUUACUGAAAGUAUAUGAAAAUGCACAACAAUAUAAUCAUGUGGUGGCUAAGGUACGACAAAUGAUGCGUGAUGAUGGAUUAUUACCAUUCCCAGAUAAAGUGACACUCUCCAUUGCAUUGAAAACAUGCCCAGUACUGGUGAACAAUCCCAACAAGGAGAUCAAACGUAUUUGGCAAUAUAUUUUGGAUCGAUUGACCGAACAACAACAACAACAACCAUCAUCAUCAUCAUUAUUAUUAUCAAAUAAGGAUCAUCGAUCUCCAUAUGUCUCGUCUUUACAAGCCAAGGUUGAUAAAUUAUUAUCUACAGAUACGACUUUUCGACAGGAUCAAGAUGCACUACAGGAACAAUCUUUGUCAAAUAGAACACAACGAGAACCUUUAGAUGUGGAUGAUGCUUUGGUGGUGGCUUUAUUAAGAGCUUUGGGAAGAACAAGUAUAAGACAAAAGAAGAAUCAUGAUGGUGAAGAUCAUUUGGCCUUGGUGAUGGAUAUCAUGGAACAAUUGUAUGGCUUACGACCUUUCAACACUUCUAAUAAGAAAUUGGAAUGCUUCAACUUGAAACCAGGGGUCAAGGUAUUAGAUGGAAUUGUACGUUAUUGUGGUGCUAUACGAGAAUUUGAAUUGGGAGAAGCUUAUUUUGAUCUCGCACUUCAACAAUUCCCAAGUUUGGAACCAGAUCAGCAAGCCUAUGAUGCUUAUGCAUGGAUGCAAUCAAAUACCCGACGCAAGAAUAGAAGAAAGGGUGAUCAUUAAAUUAUAGAUUUAGUUAAGAUAGAUUUAUUUUGUCAAUAAAUACUUUUUUUUUAUA